GAGCUUGUUGGCUCGAAAGAAGCGAUCCAAAGCUCAAUCGACGAGGUGAAGCAAAUCGUCGCCAGUACAACAAUUCAUACAAAACGGCCAUGAGGCGAUUGGCAAGAUUACGACCCGCCUCGGGGUUCCUGGCGCAGGCGCAUCCCCAAACACCUUCGAUCGCCAGCAACAUCCGAUGCCUUGCCGCCCAGAGCACUAGCAACAGCAGCACGAGCCGUACUUUUUCCACAAGCCAGCCGAGGCCACUACGGAGCAGCCGGGCACAAUGUCAGAAGGAGGAGGCUCCAGCUGUCGAUGUUGUUGCAGAGGCUGUCCCCGUUGAGACCUACGCCCCGGAGUCGACGUUUGUCCUGCCGCCGGAACCCGAAUGGGCACCACACGCCGACUCGGUGCCGGACCCCAACUACAAGCCCGCGACGUCCCUGGACCAGCUGCAAGAGGUCGGUGGCCUGGAAGGGUGGUGGGAGGUCGAAGAGCACUGGAACGGCACCAAGCCUGCCUUUACUCCCUUCUUCGCCGGCAGCCAUAAGAUCUGGGACCCGAAGCUGCUCGAGGGCAUUGCAAGGAGAGCUGUGGCUGAGGCGCUGGUCGUGAGGGAGGCGGUCGAGCAGGGCUUCGAGGUGCCGAGGACGUGGGCCGUCGGUGACAAGGACGCCGCCGUCAGGGCCAUGACGCUCAAGAUCGAGGUCGAUGACGAGAGGGAGCCCAAGGUGCGCAGCAAUGUCGAGGCCAAGGCGGUGCUCGAGGACAUUGCUCGCACGGAGGAGGUUGCUCCCCCUUUGACCCAGCAGGUUGAGGGGAGUGAGCUUGUUGCCGGUAUGAAUGCUGCGGAAACGGCUCGGGUUCUCGAGGUCGCUGGCAGGCAAUGGAAAGACAUUGCCCUUACAGACUUGAAGUUCAAGUUUAUGGUCACGAAGCGUAUCCAGCAACUCUCGGGUCACAUUCUCACCGACCACAAGUACUGGGGCAAGGGACACGUCGAGUCGCUUGUCAAAAUCCUCAUCGAGAGGCCUAGGCCGAAAAAGCUGGCGGACGAGCUCAAGAUGAACUCGCAGCUGCUGGACCUUCCCAACGUCACGGUCCACGACCGCCGCCACACCCGCGUCGACAAGCACAAGGCCGCAGGAAGGUGGAAGGUCAUUGUGCGGGAGCUCGAGAAGCGCGACCUCCCGGUCCUUGGCGAUGGCAAGUACGGAAGGAGUGUGGAGAGGAGCUGGAUCAUGGGCGGAACCUAGACGGGAUUUGCUCAUGGGCCCUGUGGCUCUGGGUUAUCUUGACGCGGGUUCCGGCUGCCCUAUCGCAAACAGCAGAGUGGCUGUCUGUACAAAACAUCUCCCCAAGAGAUAUCACGUUCCAUAUGUCAAUGGGACAUUGUAUAGGGUAAUUGUAACAUAUAUAGAGUGUUUCAAUAGAAACUUCAUGUCACCGAUGGGGCAAUAAAUUGCCAUUAGUAUCGCC